AUGGCAGCCAUCACCAGCAGCACCAUCACCACAGCCAACACCUCCAUCAGCCGCGCGAUCCGCAAGGCGAAGUCGCAGAGCUUCCGCACACGCCGCAGCCCCUCGGAGCGCAGCUCCAAGGGCGGUCAGAUAUCGCCGUGGAACUUUAGCGCCGGCGAGCAACAGCGGCGCAGUCCGCAGCCACCGCAGUCGCUACCGAAGUCACCGGUCGGCAGUAUGACCCACCUGGAGCACCGCAGCUCGAUCGGCUCGGCCAAGAGUCCGUGCCUGUCGCGCCAGGGUACGCUCCGGUCGUCGCACCGACGCAAGAGUAGCCUCGGUGCGUCCCUCAACCUAAGCCAGGGUCGGCGGAGUCCCAGUAGCAUGCUGAACGAUCGCAGUCCCUCGGGCCGUCCCAAGAGUCCGAAUCUGCUGAUCACCGAUCAGAUGUACGCGUCCAGCUUUGAUCGCCGUUCGCCCACGGCCAUGUCCUUCUCCGGGCGUCGUAGUCCAUCGGGUUUGCGAUCUCCCUCCGGGCUGCGAUCGCCUUCCGGGCUACGAUCGCCCUCGGGACGCCGUAGUCCACUCGGUUUUAACCUCCAGUCCGAGUACUCGGAGCUGCUGCAGAGUCAGCAGGAGCGGUUCAGCCCGAACUCGCUCAGCAGUCACCAGUCGGUGGAACGGCGUACCAGUCCAACCAUCCAUCUACCUCCGGAGCGCAGCCGUAGCCCGGUCGGGUUCGGGUCCCGACUCGGCGGAAGCCUUUACGGGCCCGGUGAGUCCCGGUCGGCGCGCACCAGCCCCACCACCCUCGGCACCAUCCCGCCGAUCACCAUCUCCAACCCCUCGGAGACGUACGAGAUCGUGCAGAAGUCGAUCGAAACGGGUCGCCGCAGUCCGAAGAGUCCGAAGAGUCCCAAGAGCCCGAUGAAGCCGGAACCGGGCAGCAGCACCAGCCGGAACGGGUCCGGAUCGGGUUCGGGGUCUGGUUCGGGUGCAUCCGGGAGCGCACCGGAGAAGAAAGAGAAAACGAGCGUCAUGAAGGAGAUCCUGGCGUUCGUGCGCAAACCCUCCAAGAAGGUGACGACGCGCACGAGCAAGUUUACGGCGGCGUUCACACGAACGGAGUCGACAACGGGCGCGCCUCUGCUGCGUCAGAGCACCUUCUCCAGCAUUCAGGCGUCGUCGAGCUGCGCCGGAAGAAAUGCGAUCACUAAGCAGAUGUCCGAGAUCGCCUUCGAACCGCUGAUGUCGUCGUUGAAGUGGAAGAACGUCGGUUCGAAGAUGUCGUUGAAGUCGCUCAAGAAACUCUCGCAAGGGGUCAGCAUGGGCACGGAGAGUAGCCACGCGGACGGGAAGCGGGGACGGGAUAAGCGUUCGAGCGGCGACGAGGUGAGCGAUGUCGAGAGUAGCGAUGGAGCGGCAGUAUCGAUCCUACCCGGUCUCGGGGGUGCCGACGCGGCCGCCUUCGAGGUGCUGGAGAGUGUGCACUUCGAGAAGGUCGGUGAGUCGUACAUCAAGCACGAUCAGAUUCGGGAGGAGGAAAGUCCGCGCGGGUCGCAGGAUAGUGACGAGGGGGAGCGCGAUGGCGGCCGGUUGAAGGUGGCCGCGGUGAGUGAGAUCAAGAAGUCGCUCGAAGCGCUCUUCACCCGUCAGGAGCCGAUCGAUGAGGCCGGUGAGGAUGGUGGCCGUGGCCGUGAACCGGACGCUAUCCAAUGUCCGACGUUCGAGAUCGAGCCACCAUCGCGGCGUGCGUCAUUCGAUCCCCCGCGAUCACCGUUCCUCGAGAACCUGAGAAGUCUGAGUGACACCGACCAUGAAGGUACGCAUCAUAGUCGGCUGGAUUCCGGGGGUGAUAGCUUCGAGAUGAUCGACACGACCGAUCGGAUGCCGGGCUCGAGUGUAUCGGGCGAUCGACAUUCGUCCAUGGACACCAGCUUCGACAUUUCGCGCUAUCAGUCGACGAGCUACGAGGACCAGAACUCCAGCUUCGAGCUGGUUGAGCUGGACAACUCGCAACGCGGCGAGAAGACGCUCUCACCGUACGACAUAAGGAAGUCCUCGAUCGAACUCGUCGACGCGGAGACAUUCCAGCGUUCGAGCUACCCCGAGGGACGCAAGUCCUCGCUCGAGACACACUUUGACCUAGCGGACAGCUACCACCACCCAUCGCAGCUACAGCCGCAGCAACAUCGCUCCACCAGUCCCCGCUCGGCGUUCUCCGUCAUCUCGAGCACGCGCGCUCCAACGAGAAAGCAGAUCUCGGAACCGGGUCGCUGCCGGGACUCCCUCGGUCGCUCCGGAUCCGGCGGAGGCGUGGCGGGUAGUGUGGUCGGUGGCCUCAGCGGGCUUGCCACCGGCAGCGGCAUGAAGACCCACUACUCCGCACCACAUCGGGCCAAAUCGCCGCUCUCCAAUCAAACGUCGUCGAACUUCAGUUCCCGCGAUAGUUACGAUUCGAUCUUCGAACCGACGCCACCUCACUACCAUCCCCAUCAGCAUCAGCAACACCAGCAGCAUCCGACCCCGCUCCAGAAAAGCCCCUACUCCUCCACCGACGGGAAACAGCACUUCCCGCUGCCUCCGCGCAAGUCCUCCAACGAAUCGCCCCGCUUCCUCUGCACCGAUAAACGCUGCGCGGCCAUCUUCGAGCCGCGUCCCUCGGUGCCGGCGGGAGCGGGAGCGUACGGUGGAGCGACCGGCGGUGGUGGAUCCGGUGGUCGACUGUCGUCCUGCUACCUGGACACGUCGAGCGGUAGCGAGUUCGAACCGCCGUCACCGCGCCGCGCCGCCAGUGCCUCCCCGAAGCACACGUUCACGUUCCGGAUCGUGCUGAAGAAGGUGGACAGCUCGCCCGACGCCAUCUGUCCGUCGGCGGAGAGACGCCAGCUGCGGGACAAGGCCGAGGGACGCCACAAGCGGCGCGACAGUCGCCGCAAGAAACUGCUCGAAAUCGGCAAGAGCUUCUAA